AUGGCCCAGUCACCCCCUCCUCGGAGCCUCCAGGGCCUCGACCACUGGGUCUUCUCCCAGAGCUGGGGCUGGACCCAGCACUCAGAUUCCACGUCCCCAGCCUCAUCCUCGGAUUCAUCCGGAUCGUGUCCCUGCUACAUCACCCGCCGGCCCUCGCAGUCCGCGAGUCUGGUCCGUAGCUCGAGCAAAGCUCAAGCCACCGCGCCGGCGCCCCGACGUGCGCGCCCAGCGCCGGCAGGAGGACAGCGGCAGAGCGCCAGCGAGCGGGAGAAGCUGCGCAUGCGCACGCUCGCCCGCGCGCUGCAUGAACUGCGCCGCUUCCUGCCGCCGUCUGUGGCGCCUGCUGGCCAGAGCCUGACCAAGAUCGAGACGCUGCGACUGGCCAUCCGCUACAUCGGCCACCUGUCGGCCGUGCUGGGCCUCAGCGAGGACAGUCUGCAGAGCAGGCGCCGACGGAGCGCAGACACCGCGUCCUCUCACCGAUGCCCUCUGUGCCCCGACGGCGGCCCGUCGCAGGCUCAGUUGCUUGGCCCUGGCCUGGGAUCAACCAUUAGUAGUGGGGUGUCCUGGGUGUCCCCUCCCGCUUGUCCCGGACCCCGAGUCUCACCUGAAAACCUUGGGAGCAGGAUCUCGAACGUGGAUCCCUGGGUGACACCUCCUUAUUGUCCUCAAAUACAGUCACCCUUGAACCAGUCCCUAGGAAGAGCCCCUGACACCUCUCACUGGACAUCACCCCAAGUCUAUUCUGGUGUGCAGACAUCCCCAGAGCCUAGCAACAAGACUGGACUCUGGUCACCAUCCACUGCUUCCGCAGAGCUGACUGAAGUGUACCAGAGUCUUUCCGUGUCUCCAGAACCCUGCCUGUCCCUGGGAAGCCCACCCCUCCUUCCCCGCUCUUCGUGCCAGAGACUACAGCCUCAACCUCAGUGGGGCUGCUGGGGCCACCAUGCAGAGUCGCUCUCCAGCUCCGAGGACCAAGGUUCCAGUCCGGCCUGCCGGCUGCCUGUGACCAGCCCCACCCCGGGCUCAGGCCUGCAGCUCAGUAGCUGUCCUGAACUGUGGCAGGAAGACCUGGAGGGGCCUCCACUGAAUAUCUUCUACUAAUGGCCAUGCCUGCUCCCUGUCGGUGUGGAGGCGGGGCUGGUUGGAAGGGCCUUCAUCUGCGUCUUCUGUGACAUGCUGAGCUUUCCAUAGCCACAAAUCUCUUUCCCCAGGUGUCGCCUUUCAUGGAACCUGUCUGGGACAGAGAGAUAGUAGGUACCUUCCCUGACUGGAGGGGGUUGUGACAGUGCCCUCCACUCCUAGGUGUCCUAGACCAGUGGUUCUCAACCUUCCUAAUGCUGCAGCCCUUUAACACAGUUCCUCAUGCCGUGCUGACCCCAACCGUAAAAUUGUUUUC